UUAACUCGUUUUUGUUCUACACAUUCGCUCACUAUCAUGAAGUUCUCCUCCGCCAUUGUCGCUGCUGCCGUCGCUGUCCCAGCCUUGGGUGCCUACACCAACAGUACCUCCACUGUUACUGACAUCGCUACCACCGUUGUCACCAUCACUUCUUGUUCUGAAAACAAGUGUGCUACUUCUGUGGCCACCACUGGUUUGACUACUGUCACUGAAAACGACACCAUCUACACCACCUACUGUCCAUUGACCGCUGAGACUGCCACUGAAACUGACAUUUCUACCACCGUUGUCACCAUCACUUCUUGUUCCGACCACAAGUGUGCUACUUCUGUGGCCACCACUGGUGUCACCACUGUCACUGAAAACGACACUGUUUACACCACCUACUGUCCAUUGACUUCUGCUGCUGCCACUAAAGCCGCCAGUUCUGCUGCUCCAACCACUCUUGCUGCUCAAUCUGUUGCUGCCAGCUCUGCUGCUUCUGUUGCUUCUUUCGAAGGUGCUGCUUUGGCUAACCAAGUUCCAGCUUUCGGUGCUCUCUUGGCUGCCGCUGCUAUCUUGUACUAAGCAAUGUCUUUUUUAUGUUUCGGAAGGUUUAUACGGUGAUCUUUAUUCUGGGUAAAUUUACAUUUCUGUCACACUAUUUGAUUUAACUUUAGUUUAUCCAUUCCAAUAAAAAAUAAAAU